AUAAUCAUUCCAGUUUGGCAACUUCACCUGACUGUUUUAACUGAGUUACAGACAGUCCCCCAGUCACUCCUGGAAUACAGCAGCGAGAGGCAGCAGUUUGCUAGGCAGACAACGAGGAUGCUGACCUUGAAGGACCAAGGUCCGCCCAGCACUCGGGCCUCCUCCAGCCAGUGCUGACCAGGGUCUUCUGACCUUCUGGCCAGCCAGGACUUGUGUGGGGAGGCCCUCCUGCUGCCUUGGGGUGACGAUCGCAGCUCCAGGCUACAGGGAGACGACCUGGAUGACCACAGAGCCAGCAUGAUGAGAAAACUGAGACUCAGAAAAAUUUAUUAACUUGCUCAAGACUACAUGGCUGGAUUCAGGCCAGUGUGCCUGACUCAGAGCUCAGAAGGAGCAGGAUCAAGGGACAACCUCCUUCCGAUCAAGGCAGCUGAGACCCCUCAUACUGCAAAGACCAACCUAAGGGACCAUGAGCAAGUCUUUAAAAUCAUGCAAGGACCAAAUGGGGCUCCCAGGGACUUGAAAGGUGCAUGGUGCUGAGCAAGUGGAGCGCCUUACCAAACCUUCCUCCCCAUCAUCCCGUGAAGUCGCUUUUAUCGUACCCACAUUCCAAGGAAGGAAACUGGGUCCAAAGCUGUUGAGCGACUUGCUCAAAGUCAUUCCGCAGAUAGAGGAGUCAGAUCUUCUAACACCAAAGUUCCUUUUCCGUCCCCACCAUUUCCCUUCACAUUAAAGUUUAAAGGACAAUUCAGGACAAGCAAAAGAUCCUGACAGUGAUCAACCUCUGAACAGCCUCGAUGUCAACCCCCUGCGCAAAUCCCGUACCCCCAUGGAGACCUUCAGAAAGGUGGGGAUCCCCAUCAUCAUGGCACUGCUGAGCCUGGCGAGUAUCAUCAUUGUGAUUGUCCUCAUCAAGCUGAUUCUGGAUAAAUACUACUUCCUCUGCGGGCAGCCCCUCCACUUCAUCCCAAGAAGCCAGCUGUGUGACGGGGAACUGGACUGUCCCUUGGGGGAGGACGAGGAGUACUGUGUUAAGAGCUUCCCCGAAGGGCCUGCAGUGGCAGUCCGCCUCUCCAAGGACCGAUCCACCCUGCAGGUGCUGGACCCAACCACAGGGAACUGGUUCUCUGCCUGUUUCGACAACUUCACAGAAGCUCUGGCCGAGACAGCCUGUAGGCAGAUGGGCUACAGCAGCUCACAACUCUCUCUCCCUCUUGAUGCGAGCAGCAAACCCACUUUCAGAGCUGUGGAGAUUGGCCCAGACCAGGAUCUGGAAGUUGUUGAAAUAACAGAAAACAGCCAGGAGCUUCACGUGAGGAACUCAAGUGGGUCCUGUCUCUCAGGCUCCCUGGUCUCCCUGCACUGCCUUGCCUGUGGGGAAAGCCUGAAGACCCCCCGCGUGGUGGGUGGGGAGGAGGCCUCUGUGGAUUCUUGGCCUUGGCAGGUCAGCAUCCAGUACGACAAACAGCACGUCUGCGGAGGGAGCAUCCUGGACCCCCACUGGGUCCUCACGGCAGCCCACUGCUUCAGGAAACAUACCGAUGUGUUCAACUGGAAGGUGCGGGCCGGCUCAGACAAACUGGGCAACUUCCCAUCCCUGGCUGUGGCCAAGAUCAUCAUCAUUGAACUCAACCCCAUGUACCCCAAAGACAAUGACAUUGCCCUCAUAAAGCUGCAGUUCCCACUCACUUUCUCAGGUACAGUCAGGCCCAUCUGCUUGCCCUUCUUUGAUGAGGAACUCACUCCAGCCACCCCACUCUGGGUCAUUGGAUGGGGCUUUACAAAGCAGAAUGAAGGGAAGCUGUCUGACAUACUGCUGCAGGCAUCAGUCCAGGUCAUUGACAGUACACGGUGCAAUGCAGACGAUGCGUACCAGGGGGAAGUCACCGAGAAGAUGAUGUGUGCAGGCAUCCCAGAAGGGGGUGUGGACACCUGCCAGGGUGACAGUGGUGGCCCCCUGAUGUACCAGUCUGACCAGUGGCAGGUGGUGGGCAUCAGUAGCUGGGGCUACGGCUGUGGGGGCCCGAGCACUCCAGGAGUGUACACCAAGGUCUCAGGCUAUCUCAACUGGAUCUACAAUGUCCGGAAGUCUCUCUUAUUCUAGGCUGAGCUGUAAUGCUGCUGCCCCUCAGCAGUGCUGGGAGCCGCUUCCUUCCUGCCCUGCCCACCUGGAGAUCCUCCAAAGUCAGACACAGAGCAAGAGCUCCCUUGGGUACACCCCUCUGCCCACAGCUUCAGCAUUUCUUGGAGCGACAAAGGGCCUCAAUUCCUUUGAGGAAGAGAUCCCCGCAACCCAGAGGCACCCGGAGGAAGUCAGCAGCCUAGCUCAGCCACUCUUGGUGCUCCCAGCAUCCCAGGGAGAGACGCAGCCCACUGAACAAACCAGCCCGCGGGCCAAGGUCUCAGGGGUAUUGCUGAGAAGGAACUUUCCCACACUACUUACUGAAUGGAAGCAAGCUGUCUUAUUAGAGCCCAGAUCACUGUGGGCUGGAGAGGAGGAGGAAAGGGUUUGUGCCAGCCCUGUCCUCCUCCACCCAUCCCCAAGCCGACUGGAACAAGAAACCAGUUGUAAUAAAAAACGCAUCGCCCUGCUGUUGUUGUGACUGCUGUUACCUACUGUUGUUAUUGUUCUUACAACCAUGGCCACUUUUAUUCAAGAGCUGUGUGACAUC